UGGCGGGCCGGCGGAAGGGGGCCCAGAGCGCGAUGGCCGUCAACCAGAACCACUCGGAGGGCCGCCGCGGGGCCAUCAUCCCUCAAGGCGAAAGUCUCUUGAAGCAGUGUUCAGAUGUGGAGCUCUCCUUCCCACAGGCUCCUCAGGGCUCCGACCUCUUUCGUGGCACAAAGAGGGGAACGCUGUUCCUUACUUCAUACCGGGUGAUUUUUGUGACAUCGCGUUCAGUCAAUGACCCCAUGUCGUCUUUCAUGAUGCCAUUUAAUCUGAUGAAUAACUGUGCAGUUGAACAACCAAUCUUUGGUGCGAACUACAUUAAAGGAACCAUUGACGCAGCUCCAGAUGGUGGCUGGGAAGGACAGGCUGCUUUUAAAUUAGUCUUCAAGAAAGGAGGUGCCAUUGACUUUGCCCAGUUGAUGACCAAAGCUGCUGCUGCUGCUGCCCAAGGAGUUCCACUUGGAGUUGCAAAUUUCUGGAUCGGCCCUCCAGGGAUUUUCAUUGCUGGGCCGCAGACCAUGUGCACUCCACAGAGACCUUGUCAAGUUAUUGUCUAUGAAGUCUCACCUGCAGGAGGAUACGGAGCCCCGCCUCCAGUCUACGGAGCCCCGCCCCCAGUCUAUGGAGCCCCGCCUCCCACGCACGGAUCCCCGCCUCCAGCAUACGUGGCCCCGCCCCCUACAUACGGAGCCCCGCCCCCGGCAUAUGCAGCCCCGCCUCCGGCGCCCGGAGCCCCGCCUCCAGCCUAUGCAGCCCCGCCUCCCAGUUACGGAGCGACCCCUGGAGGAAGCGUCUCCCCGCCUCCCGGGUAUGAAGGCUCCCCGGGGGGACGUGGACCCCGUCCUUCCGGAUCCACAUCAGUACCUCCGGGGUCCAGGGACCCUCCCGCAGGAUCUGGAGCGGGGCCAAGCGGUCCUGAGGCCGCCCAGACUCCCGGGUUUGAGGGCCCUCCUCCCUCUACCUCUUCCACUCAGCCCCAUCCUCCCCCCUCUUAA